AUGACAGACAGGAAGGUCGAUGUGUUGAAGGAAGAUUAUCCAGGGAUUGAGGCUGAUACGUUGCUCGAGUUGUUGGCGGCUUGUGAUGGAUCAGUGGCUGCGACUAGGUCGAUGAUCGAUGGUUCAUUUCCCACUCCACAGCAGAAGCGGAAGGCAGGUGCAUUGUAUCAGACGUCAAUAACGUCCUUGCUUGCACCGGUAUCAAAAUAUAAAAAGCUCAAGAUCGUAUCUGGUGGAAAGAAAGUGAUUACAUUGAAUACUGUGGAAGAGGUAGAUCAGCAUUUAUCGCCUUACGUUUCAUUCCAUAAAUCAUUCUUGCCACCAGAUUUGGCUAAUCGGAUACUUAAAUAUCUAAUGACUCAAACAGACAAGGUCUCUCCCAAUGAGUUUUACUUGUUUGAUAAUCUUUGUAAAGCUAAUCAUUCUCUGGGAUUUUUUCACACCCCAGACCUCGAUACAGAGUACGAAAAUUUGAUUUAUAAUGGAAAAAAAAGCAGGUCAAACCUUUAUAACAAAGAUUUCGAAGACGUGUCAAGGUUUGUUAAGGACUUCAUGAAUAACAAAAUAAUACCCAAUGUUGAGCGAUUACCGUUUCAGUCAACUGAAACAUGGAAUAGCGAUGUGUGCGUUGUAAACUAUUAUGAGAGCCUGUCAAACAAUCUUGAUUGGCAUUCCGAUAGAAUGUCACAUAUAGGACCUCAUAAUUUUAUUGUGUCUAUUUCUUUAGGUGCUACGAGAGAAUUUCGUUUAAGAAAAAAUUAUACGGAUGGUACAGACCCUUCACCGAUAUAUUCAAUUAUAAUUCCUCAUAAUAGUAUGGUUAUAAUGCAGGCAGGAUGUCAAGAAGAAUAUAGACAUUCUGUAAAUUCUAUGCGUACAGCUUUGCAAGUGAAUCCCAUCUCUGGUGCUGCAAGGUUUAAUUUAACGUUUCGAUUCUAUCCCCUACAAUUUAUAAAGCAAUUACCCCGUUGCGAAUGUAAUCUAACAAUGACACUAAGAAGAUCUUUCAAAAGCAUUGAAACUAGAGGCAAAUAUUUCUGGAGCUGUGAGAAUAAAUACCAAAAUAAGGAUUGCGGAUGUUUCUAUUGGACUAAUUUUGAUAAUAUCGAAGAUAAUUUCAAAGCGGAAAGCGAAGAAACAGCCUCACAGUGGAUUGCACCAGAAGACUAUGCUAAACUUUCGUAUUUACAAAAUUUGAAUGAUAAUAAGAAAUAA